GGCGUGGAGUUGGCUUCUCGCCGGCUACCGCGGCCGGGCACCUGGGAGCCCCAGCAGCCGGACACAAGCGAGCUUUGGGGGUGGGGGCUACAGGCCAGGGCAGAGAUCCCGCUUGGUCCGCCGCGCUGGAGCUGAAGGGCACCCCAGGAGUGACGGGGGGACGGGAGUGGGACCAGGCAGUGAAAGCGACAAUAAAUACGGAGGCGAGGAGGAGGCGCCCCGGCAGCAGUGGUGGCCAGACGGGCCUUGCAGCUGCCUCGUGGGGCAAAGAGGGAGCGCGCGGCAACCCAACGAUCAUGGAAGGCAGCUGCCACCCCCAGCAGCAGGAAGCGGUGGAAGCCUGGCUGGAUGACCACGGAGACUUUACCCGCUCCUACUUUGUUCGAAAAGCCACCAGAGAGAUGGUCAAUGCAUGGUUUUCUGAGAGAGUUCAUACUAUUCCAGUGUGCAAGGAAGGGACCAAAAAUCACAGUGAAGCUUGUUCUUGUUCCACUUACCAGACCACAGGGGCUGAAAGCACUAAUUCCACACCACCAACUAGGAAGAUAUCUGCUUCUGAAUUUGACAGACCUCUUAGGCCCAUUGUUAUCAAAGAUUCUGUUGGAACAGUGAGCUUCUUGUCAGAUACUGAAAAGAAGGAACAGAUGCCUCUCCAUUCUCGGACGCUUGGAACCAAUGCAGGGGAUCAGUGCUCAAGGCUCUUAGAACUGGUGAAGGAUAUUUCUAGUCACUUGGAUGUCACAGCCCUUUGUCACAAAAUUUUCUUGCACAUCCAUGAACUCAUAGCUGCUGAUCGCUAUUCCCUCUUUCUGGUCUGUGAAGACAGUUCCAAUGAGAAGUUUCUUAUCAGCCGACUCUUUGAUGUUGCAGAAGGUUCCACCUUAGAAGAAGCUUCAAACAACUGCAUCCGCUUGGAAUGGAACAAGGGAAUUGUAGGCCAUGUGGCAGCUUUUGGCCAGCCUUUGAAUAUCAAGAAUGCCUAUGAGGAUCCCCGAUUCAAUGCUGAAGUGGACCAAAUCACAGGCUAUAAAACACAAAGCAUUCUUUGUAUGCCAAUAAAGAACCAUAGAGAAGAGGUGGUUGGUGUCGCACAAGCAAUCAACAAAAAAUCUGGUGGUGGAGGAACAUUCACUGAGCAAGAUGAGAAGGAUUUUGCUGCUUACCUGGCAUUUUGUGGAAUUGUUCUUCACAAUGCUCAGCUCUAUGAAACCUCCCUUCUUGAAAACAGACGCAAUCAGGUGCUUCUUGAUCUUGCCAGUUUAAUAUUUGAGGAGCAGCAAUCCUUAGAAGUCAUUUUGAAGAAGAUAGCUGCCACUAUAAUUUCCUUCAUGCAGGUGCAAAAGUGCACUAUUUUCAUAGUGGAUGAAGACUGUUCAGAUUCAUUUUCCAGUGUCUUUCACAUGGAAUAUGAGGAAAUAGAAGAUUCCGGUGAGACUCACAAAAGAGACAAUGAUACAAACCAAAUUAAUUAUAUGUAUGCCCAGUAUGUCAAGAAUACUAUGGAGCCUCUUAAUAUUCCACAUGUGCGCCAAGACAAAAGAUUUCCUUGGACAAAUGAGCGUUCAGACUGUACAAACCAGGAUGUUGAAAGCUUGCUCUGCACGCCCAUAAAAAAUGGAAAGAAGAAUAAAGUGAUAGGAGUUUGUCAACUUGAAAACAAGAUGGAAGAAAACUCAGGCAAAGUAAAAGCUUUCAAUAGAAAUGAUGAACAAUUUUUGGAAGCUUUUGUUAUCUUCUGUGGGUUAGGGAUCCAGAACACACAGAUGUAUGAAGCUGUGGAAAGAGCCAUGGCAAAGCAAAUGGUGACACUAGAGGUGCUUUCUUACCAUGCAUCGGCUGCUGAAGAAGAAACAAGGGAACUUCAGGUAACAGCGGCUGCUGUUGUACCAUCUGCACAAUCUCUCAGGCUCACUGACUUUUACUUCAGUGACUUUGAGCUGUCAGAUAUGGAGACUUCUCUGUGCACAAUCCGGAUGUUUACUGACCUUAACCUUGUACAGAAUUUCCAAAUAAAACAUGAGGUUCUUUGCAGAUGGAUUUUAAGUGUGAGGAAAAAUUAUCGGAAAAAUGUCGCCUAUCACAACUGGAGACAUGCUUUUAACACAGCCCAAUGCAUGUUUGCUGCUUUGAAGUCAGGAAAAAUUCAGAACAAGCUUAUUGAUGUUGAGGUACUUUCUUUGCUGAUUGCAGCUCUGAGCCAUGAUUUGGAUCACAGGGGGGUGAAUAAUUCUUACAUACAGAGAAGUGAACAUCCCCUUGCACAGCUGUAUUGCCACUCAAUAAUGGAACAUCACCAUUUUGAUCAGUGCCUGAUGAUUCUGAACACACCGGGCAACCAGAUUCUCAGUGCUCUUUCUGUUGAAGAAUACAAGGCAACGCUGAAAAUGAUCAAACAAGCUAUUCUUGCCACAGAUUUAGCGCUGUACAUAAAAAGAAGAGGAGAAUUUUUUGACCUUCUGAGGAAUAAUCAGUUUAGCCUACAAGACCCUUAUCAAAAGGAACUAUUUUUGGCAAUGCUGAUGACUGCAUGUGACUUAUCAGCAAUAACAAAACCAUGGCCAGUUCAGCAGCGGAUUGCUGAACUCAUAGCUGCAGAAUUCUUUGACCAAGGAGAUAAAGAGAGAAAAGAACUUAACAUUGAACCCACAGAUUUAAUGAACCGAGAAAAGAAAAACAAAAUUCCCAGCAUGCAAGUUGGAUUUAUUGAUGCUAUCUGCUUACAGCUCUAUGAGGCAUUAACCUACGUAUCAGAAGCCUGUUACCCUCUGCUUGAGGGCUGCAGGAAAAACAGGCAGAAAUGGCAAGCUUUAGCUGAAGAGCAGGAACAUAACUUGAUCACUGGAGAAAGCAAUCAGCCCAAACGGAACUGAAAUAGACGUUCAUUAGGAUAUAUUGGUUUACAAAGAAGAUAUUUAUAUAUAAUUUGGAGAGACCUAAUGUUUUGCUAAACACUGUAUGAAAUAGAUGCAUAAUUUGCCACUGCUGUAUUUUAAAUAACAAGAAACAUAUAUUUUUGCACAGCAUUCAAAAACACAAUAUGAAUUAUUUUUAUGUAGUCUGAUGUAUUAUAAUUGUAUAUUUCCAAUAGAUCUGCAACCAGUGGGUCCAGUUAACCCUGCUCAGUUGGAUCAGGUGGUGUGGAAGGGGAGAAUUUUUAGGACUGCUUCAGAAAACCCUUGGUACGGAGUUGCAUAUAGUUGUUUAGUUUUGGUCAAUGGCCAGUACUUUAAGGAUUACCGUAUGUGGUACCUUUUCGUUCUUUUAUACUGUCUGUUUCUGUAAAUGUAAAUAAUGACAAAGCAGUGUUGCAUUUGAAAGCUAGAAGUUAGCAGAGAAGCAAGUUGGCCAGCAUUUGCUUGGGGUGAGGAGGAACAGGACCCUGAAUCUGAUAUUACUUCUUCCCAGAAGGCCGUUGUUUUCAGGGUGAGGCAUGCUGAGCCUCAAAGGCUAAAGUACCAGUCUCAAGGGAAUAUGCUGCAUCUGUGCCUUUUCCUGUCAAGGAUGCUUGAAUUUUACUCAUCAUGCUACAGCCGCUGAAGAAGAUCUGCAAAUGAAACUGUCCAGAGCUCCUUAAUAAUAAUGAAAUGUUUAAGGAAAACAUAAUUAAAACUUAACUACUUAAAACUGCAAGGAUAAAUACUUAAGUUGAAAAGAUGGAAACAGGACAUGUAGAAAAAAAGAAAAAAGAUGAAAAUGAUCUUCAGUGUAUUGGAAUCAUUAUUCAGUUCCCAAGUUUAUUAUUGUCCUGCCUAACAGAACACCAGAACAGAGAAGCCCAUGAAAUCAAUGGUGUACACUAGUAAAGAAAGCCAGGCUUAUUUUAAAAUGUAAUAAUUGCUCUGGGUAUCAUAAAACAAUAUCAAAUCAAAAAGAUCAGAGAGAAGUCAUAGCCAGUGCUACUUAAAAACAACUGUAAUGAUUUUUUUAAUGAGUGGCUUUUCAAAUGAAGAAUGUUCUAGAGUUUCAUAAGAUUGUUUUAAUUUCAAGAAGCACAAUUGCAAAGUUUUUAAAAUAGCGUGUAGAAACGGAAAUGUCCAAAAGCAUUCGGGGAACUCUUUCAGAGGUAGUUUUAAAGUAAGUUAAAGAAUGUAACUUCAGGGAAAGGCCUAGAUGAAACAAAUCCUGCUGGCAUUUAAGAAUGACCAUGUUCAGGGUUACCAGAUGUCUGGCAAAAGAAAGACAUAUCUUCCAUUUUGUCCUCAUGUCCUCUGUCCAGCAGGCAUAGCCUUAAAAUCGAAUAUUGUCCUUUUUUU